AUGCCAGUACCAGGUGCAUCUAAAACCCACAGAGUUGUGGUAGCAAAUGCAGGUGGGAGCAGCAGACUCAAGGCACCUGUGGUACCAAAUGCACCUAAAAGCAGCAGACUCAAGGCACCUGUGGUACCAGAUCUACCUAAGAACAGCAGAAUGAAGGUGCCAGCUGCCGCUAAGGCGUUGAAUCCUCGAGAUUUUGUGUGCAUUCAGGCUUUGCCUGGCUUUGGCCAGAAGGAAGGAAAGGUCUUGGCCAGAAGCAGAACGAUUUACAGAAGCAGUGAACCUCCAAGAGAACAAGUGUUCUGGGAAAACUACUAUAGGAGGCAGAAGCAAUUCACACAGGGACACUUCACGCCUAUUGGGAAGCCUUAUCGGGAGCUUGGAGAGCUUCUCUACAUGGACCCGAAGAACCUCACCCUCUACUCCUUGGGGCAGCUUGCACAGGAACCAGUAAACAAAGAUAUGCAGGAAGAACCACCCAAAGAAGUGGCUGAGGUUACUACUAGCAAGGAGUCUUUCAAUCCAGAGUCUGAUCAAUCGGAACCAACGAAGAGGGUCUCCCCAUUUAGAGAAACAGGGAAGGAGCUGAGGACUCUUCGUAAAGCUCUAGCUCGCUCAAGGCGUCAUAUUAAUGCUGUGAAGCAAGGUGGGGAAUACUUUCAUAUACUUCGCCAAGAAUCACUGGAGAGGAAGAACACUCUGAAAGCAGCACAGCAGGCUCAGGGCAUGAGAUGGACAACUGAGUUCCAGCCACCCAAAUUCUCUUCUGAUGCAGAGGAGUCAGAGGAAGAAAGAAACACUUGUUCCCUAACAGGAGAUAACCACCUGAGGAAGUCAGGGAAAAAGAAAAAAAAGAUGACCUUACGGUCUUUCGCUCCUGUUUAUACCAGUGUCUUGAUUCCAAGCCCCCCUGGAGCAAAAAGCGAACGUCUUUUCCGACAGCUGUGUGCCAUACACUGGCUUUUGGAAGCUUUGACUCUUGAAUCCAACAGUUCGAUGCAUUCCAUAUUAACCUGUUGGAAUCCAACGGACCCUGGUGGCUGUAAAAAAACAGUAAAAGAAAUCAAAGAGGAAAAGUUAGCAAGAUACAUGUGGGAGCUCUUUAUUACAAACACAAAGAAACGCACCUGGAAAGCACGAUGCAGUCCACUUAUCAGGAAGAUAAACAAGAUAUCUACUCCAGGUAUCUCUCAGCUUAGCAGUCAGUCGUCUCUCCGUGCUCAAACCCCCUGUGGCAGUGAAACUUCUACUGCACCUUGCUCUGAAGACAAUGUCAAGAUUAAUGUAGCUUCAUCUGGUGUUAUGAGUGAGUCAGCACAAGGUAAAGAACAACAACCUCUUUUCCCCUCCCUACAGAAAGUCAUCCAAAUAAUAUGUGAAGAGGUGUCAAAAGAUAACGAUAAACAAGAAGAUAUGGUUAAGAAGGCUGGACUGCAGCGCUGUGAUAUCAGCUCUUUCAUUAAAAGCAAAUCUAACUUGUGUGCUGAUAUGAGGCAAAGGUUCACAGCAGUACGUGAAGAAGCAGCUGCUCGUUUAUGUGAUACUCUAGAGCGCCUUGAGAGGAGGCAGGAAGAGCGAUGCUGUCAGAAAUAUCAGGCUUUGAAACAAUUGAAAUAUUCUAGAAGAGACAUGGAAAGAAUAAGACAGCUGGGCGUGAGAGCCGAAAGAGAACAUGAUGAAGAUGGACUAAACUGGUUUCCUGUGUUGCUUGCCAGACUCCCAGAGUCUGUGAAGAGUGACCGUUAUGUACAGAAAAUAUUAAAGAAACUGGAAAAAUAUGGGAAGAUUCCUGACUUGAAAAUUCAUCCAGACACCUUUCUUAAGGCUCUGGCUGAUCUACAGGUGUGGGAGCUCUGUUCUCCAGAAAUUGCUGCAGCUGUAGAGUUUGUACGUGAAAGUAUUGUGCAGAUGCCAGAGGAGGAUUUCAGCAAGUGGUUUCAGACAAGAGUAGCCCCCCUCAGCCCACAGUCCUCUCCCUCUUAA